AUGAGUGAUUCGCCCGGAGUGGAGUGGCUCCCGGCGUACAGUCCGGGGCCACCGCGCCACAGUCCCCUGGGCCCGAUCCCCCGCUUCCUCUAUGAGGAUGUGCAACCGCCAUCACUCCAACAGGAAAACAACAACAAGGAAAUUGAACAAAAACAAAAUAUAAAUAAAAUCAAACACGCUAAGCCAGCUUACAGUUAUGCAAGUAUGAUUAGAUUGGCUAUCAGCAGUUCUCCAAAUGGCAAGAUGACGCUCAAUGAGAUAUAUAACUACAUAUGCAAUGCCUUUCCAUAUUAUAAGGAAGCUGGGAAAGGAUGGAUGAAUUCAAUAAGACACAACCUAUCACUAAACAAAUGCUUCAUGAAAGUGGCGCGCAGCAAGGACGACCCCGGUAAGGGCUCGUACUGGGCGAUGGACAGCAGUUAUAAAAUGGCGGAGGUGACGCCGCGGCGUAGGCGCAGCUUGAGAAUGGCACCGUACAGUCCUGAAUGCAGCUCGAACAGCAGCGGAGAGGCGGGCGCGUCCGGCAUCGACGCGCCCACGCCGCCCGCCACGCCCACCACGCCCACUACGCCCUCUGCCGCUCUGAAAGAGGAGCCUGCUGUCAAGGAGGAGUCUAAUUCUAAGCACACGGACGACGCGCUGACCGCGCUCAUGAACGAGGAGCUGAUCACAGAUGCUGACAUUAGCAGAGAUAGCUGGUGGUGGUCCGGCGCGCGCCGCCACGUGUGCGUGCUGCGCCACAGCGCCCUCACCGACGACUACGGGAACUUCCUCGACACGCGCGCCCACGACUGUGACUGCCCCCUCGACACCACGCUCCCCACCACCGGCCUCCCCCCCGCCCUGACCGUCGGCCUGACCACCGCCCUCCCCCCCGCCGGCCUGACCACCGCCCUCCCCCCCGCCGGCCUGACCACCGGCCUCCCCCCCGCCGGCCUGACCGUCGGCCUCCCCGCAGACACCACGGCGGUGGGCCCCACCACUCCCCCCUGGUUA